GUUAGUCCUCUGCCCUCUGAUACUACUGAGCCUGAAGCUGGUUUUAAACAUCCUCCCCCUGCCGCUCCUUGAAAUAUCAUCUUCAGUACAAAAACUAAGGAUGUGGAGGUUCUGCUCAGCGAUGGAAAGGAACUGCUUUCUUUACCAAGGAACUCUAAAGCCACUGUGAAAGAGAAAGUGUCUUAAAGUUUGCUGUAAUGAUGAAAACAUCAGCAAGAGACGAGGGAGCCAGGGAUGACUCAGGCCAUAUCACAGAUUCCAGCAAAGACGGAAAAGAGACACAUCUCUGUCAGGCCACUGCCCUGCGAAACUGCCUCCCACUUCCAGGGAUCAGCAUCCUUGAUAGACUCAUCAAGACUUGUCCUGUCUGGCUUCAGCUGAAUAUGAACCGGGAAAGGGCUGGGGUGACACUUGGUAAAGAAACAGCUGGGAUAUUUUUGGUUAGGAAAGAGGGGAAUGUGAACAACAUGGUCCUUGCAGUCCGCCUACCAGUGCAGAGCGAGGCACCCGGUCUGCUGGAGUACAACAUUAAAGAAGAAAAAUCAAUCCUGUACCUGGAAGGAUCUGUCCUUGUAUUUGAGGACAUCUUCAAACUGGUUGCCUUCUACUGUGUCAGUAGAGAUUUGCUGCCCUUCACCCUGAAGCUACCACAAGCAAUAUUAGAAGCCAGUAGCUUUCAAGACCUUGAAAUUAUCUCUAGUCUGGGGUUAGAUUUCUGGGAUUCCUCCCUAAACCACAGAAGAGAGGAGUUAUCCCACCCUGCAAAACACUCUGCUUUCAGCACUGCUCAGACAGACAGUUUAAAAUCUACCCAGUGUUUUGCAAGCAGCACAAACCACUGCUCAUGUGAAAUUGAGCUGUCAAUAGGAAAUGACAGGCUGUGGUUCGUGAAUCCUAUUUUUAUAGAAGAGUGCAGUAAUCCUUUUUCACCAGAUGUACCUUGUCCUAAAAGCCGUGCUGUGAGUGCCGAUCUCCCCCCUGCCACCAUGCUCACUGAAAGGAGGUUUCCUCGCCGCCCCCCUCCGCCUCCACCUUCUCAUGCUCUCAUUCAGAAAUCUCUGAAGCUCCUGCAGGAUCCCACCACUGCCUGUGAAGAAAACGAGCUGCUUCUUCAGUCACUGGAAAAGACCAUGAAGGAAAUGAGAAUUGAAGGUGGUGACAAUAAAGAAGAAGGGAAGCAGAGCUGCUCAGUCAGUGAGCCUUUGGCAGUGAGCCCCAAGAAGGGCUCCCAGCCCUCUGUCCCCCCACGGAAGCGGCUGUCUGAGAGGACCUCAGAGGAGAGCUGUGUGGGAAACCCUGGAAGUUGUGAAACGCUGAAAGGGGAACGGACAGAAGAAAAACAACAUGCGAGUACAGAGAACAGCGAUAAAAGGUCACUGUGCAAAAAGGCUGUAGAAAUGCCUGGGGAAGUUCUUGAGGCGGCUGUAUCACAAUUUCAGGAGACAAAGCCUGAACCUGCAGAGAUGAAGGACAUGCCUGGGAUUCAAAGCAAUGCCAUAGGAAAGUCACCUCCUAUCCCACCACCAAGAAGGAAGAGGCUUUCCCAGGUACCGAGGGUUCCCUGCUCCUGCCAGUCAAAGCAAAGAACAGUGGCAGAGGUGGCCACAACCAUGGCCAUUGUGCAGGAUGUGUGCAAGAGCAGCUCUGCUACAGUGUCAGGUGGUGCCACUUGCACACACCCCAAGACUGAACUGGGACAUAGCCACAAAUCUGUGAACUCAGAUGAACUGAAAGACGCUCACUCCUCCCUGGAAGGCCCAGGAGGCAGCACUGUGGCUCAGACGUCAGCAUCUGAACCAGACUCCUACUCCACCAGCAGCACAGAGGAUGACCUGGAGAUACCAAGUAGUUCAUCUGGUAAAAAGACACGCUCCAUGAUCUUGGACAAGGCCAAGAACAGGCUGUCCUUUGUGAGCCUGUCUAAUGUCUUCACAGUCUUUUUGUCUAGUGACAGGAAGCUGCAGAAGAAGAUUGUGGAGCUGGCACAGGACAAGGACUCGUACUUUGGCAACCUGGUGCAGGACUACAGAGUGUACAGUUUAGACAUGAUGGCAAAACAGAGCUCCAGCACAGAGAUGCUACAAGAAAUCCGGAUGAUGAUGACACAGCUGAAGAGUUACUUAGUGCAGAGCACUGAGUUGAAAUCUCUGAUAGACCCAGGCUCCCACACUGAGGAACAGUUAGAAGUGAUUGCUGAGACAGCGUUAUACAAAUGUGUUCUGAAACCUUUAAAAGAAGCCAUUGAUUCUUACUUAAAAGAAAUUCACAACAAAGAUGGAUCCUUACAGCAGCUAAAAGAGAACCAAUCUGUGAUACAAAACACAACUACAACUGACCUAGGCAUCACGACCAGCGUGCCUGAAACCAUUGUGCUUGAAAAGAUCCUUCAAAAGUUCACAACCAUGCACAAGGCCUACUCCCCAGAAAAGAAGAUUGCCAUCUUGCUGAAGUCCUGCAAACUCAUCUAUGACUCCAUGGCUCAGGGAAACCCAGGGAAGCUAUAUGGUGCAGAUGACUUCCUCCCUGUGCUCAUGUACGUGCUGGCUCGCAGCAACUUGACUGAAGUCCUUCUGAAUGUGGAGUAUAUGAUGGAGCUCAUGGACCCUGCUUUGCAGCUAGGGGAAGGCUCCUACUAUUUAACCACCACCUAUGGGGCCUUGGAGCACAUCAAGAACUACGACAAAAUCACUGUCACACGGCAGCUGAGCAUGGAGGUGCAGGACUCCAUUCACCGCUGGGAGCGACGGAGAACACUGAACAAGGCCCGGGCUUCCCGCUCAUCAGUGCAGGAUUUCAUCUCUAUCUCCUUUCUGGAAAUUGGUGCUCAGUCAAGGACACUUGCUUCCCGGAAAGACACCACAGUUGAGCAGCUGAGCCAGCAGUGUGCCGAGAAGUUUGAAGUCUCCCAUCCCAAGGACUAUAGACUCUUUGUUUAUGUUGAUGACCAGUGGCUGCAGCUGGACAAAGAUGCCCUUCCUCACUAUAUCAAAGCAUCCCUCCUGAAGUGCGAAACCAAGAAAGAUUUCCAUUUUAUUUAUAAACCAAUAGACCAUAAAACCCCACCAGUUCCAAUUGUCAAAGAGUCAGACUUUCCCUAAGGUCUGUGCUGCUUUUCUUGUUGUGCUUGUUGUCAUCCUGGAAGGGCUGGAUAGUUUAUCUCAUGAGAUCCUCUGAUGUCUGCAGACCUCAGAAGGUCUCUGGAGCAUGGUCUUUGACACAGGGCAGAUGUGCUAAUUGUAGAUACUGUCCAAAUACAGAACAUUUCUCAGCAGAGCUCAUUUGCAGAAAUAAAAAGAGCAUUCAGGAGAACAUUCAUCUUCUUGAAAACUUGAAGUAUCAAACCUCAGAACCUCUUGCUGGCAGCCAGCCGACAUCGCAGAACGUGAAUGCACAGGGGAGAAAAGCCAGAGAUCUUGCAGAAAACUUGACAUCUACUCCAUAGUAAACUAUGGAGGGUGUGAAUCACCUCCAUGCACAAGGCCUGUGAAAGGUGUGCACACACCACAAUGCUAUCUUGAAUACCUUACAGUAUCUGUUCACACAGUUUGAAUAAACUGAGUCUUGUCUGAUGUAUUCAGAGGCGUAGGGUUGCCAUCUCUAGCAGAACUCUGUCUCUGGCUUUCUGUCUACAAAAUGUCAUUGCCUUUGCAAUCCGCAGAAUUACAGACCAUACAAGAUGAUCCUAAGAGUACAUUUUGUGCCAUCUAUUUCUCACUGAAAUUAGAUAGCAUAGGCAUUUUCAUCAAUGGUUUGGGUUUUUUUUUUAAGAUUGAAAGUCUUUACCAUCAGUGUACAGCAGUUUAGUCACAUUGAUUGUAUAAUAGUGUCAUUGGGUAAUUGUGUAUUUAUUUCUAUGUGUGAUGUGGUGCAAUUAUUUUUAAAUAAGUGCUUGUAAAGAAACUUAAUAUUUUUCCCAGUGUAGGAAACCAGAUGAAAAUUAAAAAAUCAAAAAGAGCUAGAAUUAAAUACCCGUCCCUUUUUACCUACAUGUCAUUUCCUCUAGUGUUUUUGUGACUGUAAGGCCCACCAGUUUCUUACAUGAAUAAAUUCAGGCUGUUGUAGACAG